AUGCUUAAAAACCAAAAAUUAAAACGAGAUAAUUUAGCUAUAAAAAACGAAAUUGCAAGAAUGCAAAAAGAAUCAGAAUGGAGAAGUGAAGUCCGAAGUCAAGGGCAAGCAUCUGUAAAAAGUCUCCAGUCCGAAUAUACAGAAGCAACCGAAACUCUUUGG